GUCGCCCGCGGGUCAGCACCGGUACCAGCAACCGGCAGCCAGCUAUCAGCAGACAGCAGCAGUAGUAGCCAGCAAUCGCACGGGCUCGCCAUGAUCGACCCCAGCUCGUCUGAAGAGGAGAGCGAGGAGGAGCAGCAGGAGGAGCAGGCGGCGCAGCAUGCGGACGCGCCCGCCUCCUCCCACGCUCAUCCCCACACGCACGCCGCCUCACUUGAGGUGCCCGCAGCUCCCACCAGAUCCAUGUCACCGGGCAGCGCCGUAUCAUCGGAGACGCUGAGCGCAGGAACGGCCGCCUCGCUGGCGCGUCCCACCAGCCCCAGCCCGUCCGUCGUCAGCGAGAAGGCAGAGGCCGACCUGCAGGACAAACAGGAAAGAGAGGAAGAAGAAAGGAAAAGAAAAAUUCAGUUAUACGUCUUUAUUUCAAGAUGUAUUGCAUAUCCAUUCAACGCAAAACAACCAACUGAUAUGACUAGAAGGCAGACAAAGAUCACAAAACAACAAUUAGAUGUAAUUCAAGGACGAUUUCAGAGCUUCCUCAAAGGGGAUACACAGAUAAUGGCAGAUGAGGCAUUUCAGAAUGCUGUCCAAAGCUAUUAUGAAGUAUUUCUAAAAUCAGAACGUGUAUUAAAAAUGGUACAGUCUGGAGCUUGUUCUCAGCAUGAUUUUCGAGAAGUCUUCAGGAAUAACAUAGAAAAGAGGGUUAGAUCUUUACCUGAGAUUGAUGGCCUCAGUAAAGAAACAGUCCUGACAUCAUGGAUGGCAAAAUUUGACUGCAUUUUUAAAGUUGGUGAAGAAGAUACUAAAAGGCCAUCAAGGAUGCAGCAACAGUCUCUCAACAGUGAGCUAAUACUCUCAAAGGAACAGCUGUAUGAUAUGUUUCAACAGAUUCUUGGUGUUAAGAAAUUUGAACAUCAGCUUCUAUUUAAUGCUUUGCAGCUUGAUUCAGCAGAUGAGCAAGCAGCUGCAAUAAGAAGAGAGCUUGAUGGACGAAUGCAGAAAGUGGCUGAAAUGGAGAAGAACAGAAAAUUAAUGCCAAAGUUUGUACUGAAGGAAAUGGAAUCUUUGUACAUUGAAGAACUAAAAUCUUCCAUAAAUUUACUUAUGGCUAAUUUGGAAUCCUUACCUGUUUCAAAAGGUUCCAUGGACUCUAAAUAUGGACUUCAAAAACUGAAGCGGUAUAAUCAUAGGUCUCAGGGAUCACUUGCAAAACUGGAGGGUGAUUCUGCAGACAGUGAUACACAACUGACUAAGUUAGAUGUUGUUCUAACUUUUCAACUAGAGGUUGUAGUGAUGGAAGUAAAAGGACUUAAGUCUUUAGCACCUAACCGCAUAGUAUACUGUACAAUGGAAGUUGAGGGAGGAGAGAAACUUCAGACUGACCAAGCAGAAGCCUCAAAACCUAUGUGGGACACUCAAGGUGACUUCAGCACAACACAUCCACUGCCAGCAGUAAAAGUCAAACUCUAUACAGAAAACCCAGGAAUGUUGGCACUAGAAGAUAAAGAACUUGGAAAAGUCAUUUUGCGGCCUACACCUCUUUCUUCCAAGGUUCCAGAAUGGCACAGAAUGACUGUUCCAAAAAAUGUUCAGGAUCAGGAUCUACGAAUAAAAAUAGCUUGCAGGAUGGACAAACCCCUAAAUAUGAAGCACUGUGGGUACCUUUAUGCAAUUGGAAAGUCUGUUUGGAAAAAAUGGAAGAAAAGAUACUUUGUUUUAGUCCAAGUUUCACAAUACACAUUUGCAAUGUGCAGUUACAAAGAAAAAAAAUCAGAGCCAUCAGAAAUGAUGCAGUUGGAUGGAUACACUGUUGAUUAUAUUGAACCUUCAAGUGCUAACUUGAUGGUGGGGAUGGAUUUGGAAGGCGGACGUUUCUUCUUCAAUGCAGUGCGAGAAGGGGACAGCAUACUUUAUGCAAGUGAUGAUGAGAAUGAGUGUCAUUUAUGGGUCAUGGCCAUGUAUAGAGCUACUGGGCAGUCACAUAAGCCUACUCCUCCUAUUACUCCUGCUGGAAAGAACUCUACCAUAUCAAAAAUCCAAGGUGAUGCUGAUCGUGCACGAAAACAUGGAAUGGAAGAAUUUAUAUCUGCUGACCCCUGCAAAUUUGACCAUGCAUCAUUGUUUAAAAUGCUACAAACUCUCACACUUGACUACAGAUUAAGUGAUCCAUAUUGCUCACUGGGAUGGUUCAGUCCUGGUCAGGUGUUUGUAUUGGAUGAAUACUGUGCAAGAUAUGGAGUUCGUGGCUGCUAUCGUCACUUGUGCUACUUAGGUGAUCUUCUUGAUCGUGCGGAAAAAAAUGUAAUGAUAGAUCCAACACUUAUACAUUACAGCUUUGCAUUUUGUGCAAGUCAUGUCCAUGGGAACAGACCUGAUGGUGUUGGAACUGUGACCCACGAAGAAAAGGAGAAAUUCCAGGAGAUUAAAGAAAGACUUAGAAUUUUGCUGGAAAAUCAAAUUACUAACUUCAGGUAUUGUUUCCCAUUUGGAAGACCAGAGGGGGCACUGAAAGCAACACUUUCACUGUUAGAAAGGGUCCUGAUGAAAGAUAUUGUUACUCCAGUACCACCAGAAGAAGUUCGAGGGAUGAUUAAGAAAUGUUUAGAGAAAGCAGCACUUGUUAAUUACACUAGACUUUCUGCAGAAGCAAAAAUAGAAGGAGGUGAAGGGACAGUACAAGAUGAUUUAAGUGGUGAGAUUGUGGUAUCCCCUGGAAAAAAAUUAGAAGAUCUCAUUCAUCUUGCUGAAUUAUGUGUUGACCUCCUCCAACAAAAUGAAGAGCAUUAUGCAGAGGCAUUUGCAUGGUUCAGUGACCUGCUUGUAGAACAUGCAGAAAUAUUUUGGUCACUAUUUGCAGUUGACAUGGAUCAAGUGUUGGCAGAACAGCCUCCAGAUACAUGGGAUUCAUUCCCUUUAUUCCAGAUACUGAAUGAUUAUUUGAGAACUGAUGAUAAUUUAAAGAAUGGAAGGUUUCAUCAACAUCUUCGUGAUACGUUUGCCCCACUGGUUGUAAGAUAUGUUGACCUAAUGGAAUCUUCGAUAGCACAGUCAAUUCACAAGGGAUUUGAGAAGGAAAGAUGGGAAAUUAAAGGGAACGGAUGUGCUACUUCAGAAGAUCUGUUUUGGAAACUAGAUGCCCUUCAGUCUUUUAUAAGAGAUCUCCACUGGCCUGAUACAGAGUUCAGACAACAUUUAGAACAAAGGUUGAAGCUUAUGGCAUGUGAUAUGAUAGAAUCAUGUAUCCAAAGAACAGAAACAGCUUUUCAACAGUGGCUCAAGAAAGGUGUCACAUUUACAUCAACUGAUUACAUAAUUCCUUCAGAAAUGUGUGCCAUGGUGAAUGUAGUCCUUGAUGCAAAGAAUCAAUCUUUUAAACUUUGUGCUGUUGAUGGAGUGGAUGUGCACCAGUAUCACACAAAAAUAGAUGAUCUUAUAGAAAAAACAUCAGCAAACAUGACACAAGGAAUGAUUAACAAACUACUAUCUGUUUUGGAGACAACCCUAUCAAAACUUUCACGAUAUGAUGAAGGCAGCUUAAUUGGAUCAAUUCUAAGUUUUACUAAUGUGUCUGGUUCUGGUAAAGACAUGGGCCAAGCUUACGUAAAUUUCACAAGGAACUGCAUGGAUCAGAUACGUGGCAAAGUAAAUGAUGAGUUAUGGAUUCUUAAUUUUUUUGAGCAAUGGUACACAGCACAAAUUCAGCUGUUGUGUAACUGGCUUUCAGAGAGACUAGAUCACUCUUUGCAUCUUUAUCAGUGCACAUGCCUUGCUCACAUAAUUAAGAAACUUUAUUCAGAUUUUGAACUCCAAGGUGUAAUGGAAGACAAAUUGAAUUCCAAGACAUAUCAAACAAUUUCACAAAGAAUGCAAACUGAAGAAGCGACAUGUGCCCUCACAAUGAACACUCGUCAUGACAUUGAAGAUUCUGAGAGUUAUCCAGAAACUGGGAUUGAUGAUGAUGGUGACCGUAGUAAACCAAAAGUUACCAUCAGGGAGACUCUUGGCGAAGAUGGAAACUAUGUGGCAAAAAUAACAAAUGUGACAACGAAUGUGGUAGGCAGAGUUGGAAAUAUGUUUGGAAAGGGUAUUGGAGGUCUCACAAGUAAAUUUGGUGGUGGAAGCUGGUUUUAGCAAAAUGAUUUGGCUUUCCUUUUGGUAACCUUUAGGUCACUCAAAGGUGUUAGAAUAUUUUAUUUUUUGCAUAUGUAAAGUGACUGAGCUCUGCCUGUGAUUAUAUGACCUUGUAUAAACCGAAGACAUGUAUAAUGCUUACAAUGAUUAUUUGAAGCUCAUAAACUAAUUAAUUGUAUAUUUUAUAAAUGUUGUCAUGGGCUGACUUAAAUAAGCCCAAAAGCACACAUAUUUAGAAUUAUAACAGUUUUAUAUUGAUCUAAUAACCUUGUAUGAAGAGAGUAUUAUCCCUGCAAGAAUUUUAACAUUUUUAGUAUAGUACGUGUGAAAUGGGGCCACAUGAUGAAAGUUAUAUAUUGUAUAUAGGUGAAAGCACAUCCAUUGCUCUUGAUCUUAGCAGAUAACAUGAAAGAGUUCUGUACAUAGCCCUUUUCCUUUUUGUAAAUGAGAUGAUAUCUAUUGUUAAUAAUGGAGGAUUGAAAAAUCAUUCCUGUUGUUUAAGACUUAAAUUUGUGCAUGAUUUGUUAACUAUAGUAUCAUACCAUUGAAAAAAUUGUUAAGGCAUUUAAAUGCAGAUUAUUAUUAUGUAAUUGGUAGUGGCUGCCAUAACAAAGAUAACUGUAAAAUUUUUUAAGAACUUUUGUAAGGAAGCAACACCUGUUAUGGUCAGCUGUACUUGUUUAGUGUGAUGAUCGACAAUGUUGAUGACUGUAACAUAAUAGAAAUAUUGGGUACAUGGAACUACCUUCAGGCCUUCAUUGGGUAACAUGAUAUAUUAUACAGUUUUACUAAAUGAAACCUGUAAAAUAAUUAAUACAUUCUUUAAAAGAAGCUGUUUAUUGUUAUACCAGUAACAUGGUAGUCUUUUUGAGAGACUCUUCGUGAAUCAUUUCCAUAGAAUAUCCAUAAAUGAAUCAACAGUUACAAUAAUAGUGCUACAUAAAACACAGUUGUAUACUGUUAAAUCUAGCUUUAAUCCAGCAGGUAUUUAAACUAUAAUUGUGAUACACAUUUGAUGUCAAUAUGGCAUUGAGGUUGAUCAUGGCAAGAUCCGCUGCUGUUGUUCUGUUAAUCAAGAACAUACUUUAAAGAGUUGUUGAAGUAACACCAUAUACAUUGUUCUUUAUAGGAAAAACUGAGAAAAAUCGAAAUAAAAACACUUGUUAGCUGAUCAAAACUAUUGUACAAAUUUAAGACUUUAGUAAUGAAUUGUGCCUCAGCUGUUCAGGUAUUUUAAUAAUGCACGUAUUGUGAGAUAAAAAUCUGAUAGGGGUAUUUCAAGAUCAAAAGAGUUAUUACUAAAUUUUUAUUCAUAAGAGAAAAAAAAUUUGUUUUUGGACAUGAUGCAGUGUAUUGUAUGUUUAUUUUCUCAGCAAAAUUAGUUGGUACAUACAGCAGUUGGUGACAUGUCCAUCUAUUUGUGUAAUUAUUAUACAAUGUGCUAGGGUGUUUUUGUUACUAUUCAUAAUCACAGUUGUUGUUCACUUAUAAUAAUGCAUUGUAACAAAAAUAACAGUUUGUGGCAUAUUACUUAUUUGCCACAGUUUCUCAAUCCUACUCAUCACCCCAUAUUAUCUGCCACACUAAAGACAAGAGUAGAUAGCAAAAAGUAAUAUUACUGAGAGGUCAUUGUUGUGGCACUAGCUGAAUUUAAAGUAGAACUCUAUGAAAGAUAAAAAACAUUUUGACAUAAGAAUUUGUAAAUUUCUCUUCAUACUUAGUCAUCAAAUUUCACAGUCUUGAACUUACGAAUAAAUAUAUUGCUAAUACUAUUGACUAAAUGUAUGAGAAAUAGACAUCAAAUCAUACCCAGUAAUCUGAGUAGAUGAAUAAAGACAGCAUAUUUCAAUUACUGAGUAAGAUUGUUUACAUAAUCAAGAAUCAUUGGUGACAAUAGAAAUACUCUGUUGAGUGCUUGUCACUGAUAGAAAUAAUUAUAUUCAUAAGUAUCCUAUUAUGAAAGUCAAAUAUUUCAUGGAGUUCAUAGAGGUGGUCCCACAGUUACCAAUAGACUUUUAACAGUACACAGAGCCAUAAUAAAUAAUGUAGAGUUUGUGUAGCUAUUUAUUCACAAAUUGCAUGAUUAUAUUUUUGAGCAGAAUGAAACAUUUUUAUUUACAUUUUGUUUUAGAACAUUCAUCACUGCAAUUCAUGAAAAAAUAAUUCAAUCAUGAAAAUCUUUAUUGAUGUGUAAGACAGAUUUUUAAAUCACAUGAACACACUGGCAUGUAAUACUAGUGACUAUUACGUGAAGGUUUCUGAUAUUUCAUUAUACAAGGUGGCUAACCAGCACAUGCAUAUUUCCAUGCUCACACACACACACACACACACACACACACACACACACACACACACACACACACACAACACACAAAUAAACAUUAUAACAAAUAAAAAGAGUUGCAUGUUAAUUGACGAUUGGACAUCAUCGAAUUAUUUUUAUUUAUUCUCUGCAACGUUACAUUAUUUAGGGUGGCUUGUGUCCUAUUCAUAGUUAAAGUGGAAGCAAAUGUUGUUCAAAAUGGGGUAGUUGUUACAACAAUAUGUACAUAAGAACAUAAUUAAUAAAUUAUCACAGAUAAGUUCAUACAACAAAUUUCAUUAUUGCCUCACUGUUAUUUUCAGUUAGUGUAAAUGUUUUUACAUGCCUUACCGUGUCUUGCAUAUAAAACUUGUCUGAGAGUCAUUAAACUUUUGGAUAGUGUUGUCCUAAUAAUAAAAUACCUUACAACAGUUCAUAAAUAUCUGAAUCAUAGUUUUUAAAUUGAAUCACACUUACAAUUAUAUCAGUUGUCAUGGAGCACAUUGUCAGUGUAGGUAUUCCCUGUUAUAUAUAUUCUUACAUACAGCUUGUAAUGAAUUCAACUUUCUGUUAGUGAUAUAUGCUCUAGUAAACUGUUCACUCAGAGGUGUUAAUAUCAGGAAAUGUCUCACACUCUUGAUAAACCUUUCAGGCCUUUGUGUGUGAAUCGGAUGUAUGAGCUGGAACCAAAUUCUGAACUACAAUUUGAUUUCACCCAUUUCUUCUAAAAAAAAGAAUUUCCUGAAAUCAGCAUUAGUAUUAAUGGAAUUAAAAUUGCAUGCAUGUCUGUCAAAACAGAUUUUUUCAGUAAUUUACUAGCAACUUCAUUAUUUAACUGUCUUUAUUUCUCAAUACUUGAUGAAAUGCCAGAUAUAGCUCUUGCAUCACUUCAUGCACAUGUGCUAAAAAUUUAACUCUUCUUACUGUGCACAGUAGUUACACAUUAAGGGAAUUUCACCUUCAAACUGUCUAGCUGAUCCAUCAUCAUCAUCUUCAUCAUCAUUAUCAUUAGACUCUCUCUGCCUAAGUGUACUA